CUAUCUUGAAUAUCGCGCUUGUUCACGGUAGAUCGCCAUAUUUUAAACGUUUCCCGCGUUCACCCGCGAACCAGCGUGAAAUGUGAGCAUGUUGGAGUAAGCGACGCGACAAACCUGUGAAUUCGAGGAUGGCAGGGGACAGCAACGCGGAUGAGCAGAUGGAAAUUGAAAGUUUGCCGUCCACGAGCAACGGCGGUGACACGAGAAUUAGAGAAAAAGAUGCCAAAGCUGCCAAUUUACCAUGGAUUGAAAAGUAUCGACCACAAGUGUUUUCGGAUAUCGUUGGCAAUGAGGACACCGUGUCUAGAUUGGCUGUCUUCGCGCAACAUGGAAAUACCCCAAAUAUCAUUAUUGCCGGCCCACCAGGAGUUGGCAAGACCACAACAAUUUUAUGUCUCGCGCAUUUACUACUAGGACCGGCGUUUAAGGAGGCUGUACUCGAGUUAAAUGCAUCGAAUGAACGAGGAAUAGACGUAGUUAGAAACAAAAUAAAAAUGUUUGCCCAGAAGAAGGUGAAUCUUCCAAAGGGGAAGCAUAAAAUCAUUAUUUUGGAUGAGGCGGAUAGUAUGACUGACGGUGCACAGCAAGCGCUGCGUCGAACGAUAGAGAUGUACAGCCAUACGACCAGAUUCGCUCUUGCGUGUAACAACACAGAAGAAAUUAUCGAGCCUAUACAGUCACGAUGUGCUAUGUUGAGAUAUGGAAAACUAACAGAUGCUCAGAUCCUGGCGAAAGUUCUGGAAGUCUGCGAAAAGGAAAAUAUUUCUUACACGGACGACGGUAUGGAAGCAAUAGUGUUCACUGCCCAAGGAGACAUGAGGCAAGCUUUGAACAACUUGCAGUCUACGUACAACGGGUUCAAUCACGUGAACGGCGAGAAUGUAUUUAAAGUUUGUGACGAACCUCAUCCGUUGAUUGUCAAAGAGAUGCUGGAUGAUUGCAUAAACGGAGACAUCUCCAAAGCCUGCACGGUGAUGGACCAUUUCUGGAAAAUGGGAUACUCCGCGGAAGACAUAAUCAGCAAUGUAUUCAAGGUCUGCAAAAAUCACACGAUGGAUGAGAAACUGAAGUUGAUGUUUGGCAAGGAAAUUGGAAUAACGCACAUGGGAAUAGUGGAGGGCAUCAACAGUCUAUUGCAACUGCACGCUUUAGUGGCACGACUUUGUCGCGCGUGUACCUCAACAUAGUUGUAAUGAUGAAUUCAAUAUAUUUUUUAAUAAACGUAUUUAUAUAUUUUUAUUGCA